AUGAUCAGAAGCUUAUCGUUUGUAAUCACGUGGGAGCCACCUGAUAUAAACAAAAGAAACGGAGAAAUAGUCGACUACACUGUUUGUAUCACAGCCUUGGAGAAUUUAAAAUGUUUAAGCAAUUAUACUACAAAAGAGCAAAGUUUGAAAAUAGACAGUUUAAAACCAAUGACAAAAUACUACAUUCGUGUUUUGGCCAGUACAAAAGUUGGUCCAGGAAGUUACAGUGAGAGUAAAAUGGCAAUAACAGAUGGAUUACCACCGGAAGCACCUUUAUGCGCGACGAAAACAACAUUGACAUUUUCUUUGAAGACUCCUAAACAAAGAUAUGCGUAUUUCUUUAUAAUCGCUACGAAAGGAAACGAAGAAAAUUCUUCGCCACCUUUUAAGUAUGGCAACUAUGAUUUGGUAACGUAUUCAUCUGAAUUUUUACAACCAAAACCUUAUAUAGCUGCUGUGUUUGCUCCCAAAUAUGAUGGUGUGUUUGUGUUUACACCUGGUGAUGGCUCAAACACAAGUAUUGCAGGAACACGAACACGACGGUCUACAGAUGGAGUAUAUUAUAAUGGUCCUUUAAAAGCUAAUUCUACAUAUCGAAUUUUUCUGCGAUUCGUGGUAAAUGAACAGGGUCUUUAUUGUUCAACUGAUUGGAGUUACGCAGCAAGGACUGGUCCUUCAAGAUGUGCACAUACAACACUACGUUCAACUUCUAAUUCGUUAAAGUGCAACAAAGAAAACGGAAAGUUGUUACCGAUUGUCAUUGCCCUGGCUAUUUGUUUACUAAUGUCAAUGACCGUUAACAUUUAUCAGUUGUGUUAUCGUCGUAAAAAUAUAUCAAAUAAAGAUGAAAAUCGUGAUAAUAAAAAGCGACCAACAAAUGUUUAUGAUAGUUCUGAUAUCCAUGACAAUAAUUAUGAACAAGUUGACGGCGACCAAUCCUCAUACAUGUCGUUGAACAACACUGGAAGAAAUGAAGACGAACAUGUAUACUGUCAUUUAAAUGAAGUUGGCAAGAACGAAAGUAUUAUGUAAUGUAUGUUAUUCGCAGUUAUCGAUAUUUCUUCAGAGUAAUUUUCUGUAGUUUUCAUUGAUAUUUUGAUUUCUGUAACCAUUGUAUGUGUUUUUAUUUGGAACAUUUCAACUCCUAAAAAUAAUAUACUCAACAUUGCACUCAUUACUAGGGUAGUACAAAUUUAAACAGGCUAAAAACUAAUUGAUUUCAUUUGAAAUAAAUUUAUGUUGAUAUCUAGACUA